UCAAACAUUGUCUGUCAUUCAUGAUCAAUAAAUCAAUAGUUGUAAAAUACACAGGACAAUCCAUUCAUGAAAAGGCUCUUAUUUCAGGUGCAGCUCCUAACCUGCAGUUCGCCCUGUGUCCAGCAGGUGUCAGUGUGAUGCUGAAUGACGUUUGUGAUCCUCUUGCAAGAACACUAGAGAAGAAGCAGGCUGCAUUGUUUAUUAGUCAGUGUUGCUGGUGGCUGUUUGGGGCUCUGUGGGUUCGCGGCUGUUCAUCUCCUGCUGUCACGAUGAGUUCAGUUCAAGCUUUUAGGGAUUUUAUCAACGAGCGACUGAAAGCUGCUGCUGGAGAAAUAUUCGCCGUCUUUGAACAAACUGUCGUCCAGUACGAGGAGGAGAUUGAUCGCCACCGCAGACUGCUGGAACUCUGCUGGAAACCUCAAAUCAAGUUACACAGAACAGAGCUUCCACAGCACCAUGACUGUACGGAGGAGCAGCUCUUUCACCAGGAAACAAACGACUGCAGAGAGCAGGAGGAACCAGAACCUCCACUGAUACAGGAACAAGAACAACCAGGACUUCUCCAGUUCAAAGAGGAACCAGAAACUCCACAGAAUGAGCAGCACGAGGAAUUCAGUCCCAUCCAGGAGGGAGAGCAGCUUAUUCUGAAGUUUGAAGGUGAUGCCUUUAUUGUACCUUCUACUGACAAACAAAGUGGCCUGAGUGAACCAGAAGUAGUUCCGGACACUGAGCAGUUCCUCUCUGAUGACUGUGAAUCAACUACAAAUGCACACCUGAAAAAACUCUGCACAUUUCAUGGUGACAGUGUGGAAAACUUUCCUGUGGCAGAGCAGCAGGCUGAAGAUGAGAAGAUUCUCUGUGAGGAAACAUGGAGUAAAACUGUCUGUAAAAAACGUGACUUAUGUCUGAACUUAGGAACUGUCACUGAUAAGAAGAGACUCAUUUGUGAACUUUGUGGGAAAAGUUACAGCCGACAGGAUUUUUUGACCAGUCACAUGAGAGCUCACACAGGUGAGAAGCUGUAUUCUUGUGAAACAUGUGGGAAAGGUUUCAACAAACGGAAUAAGUUUAUGAGUCACAAGAGAACUCACACUGGUGAGAAGCCACAUACUUGUGAAUCAUGUGGAAAAAGUUUCAGUCAAAAGAAUAAUUUGUCCAGCCACAUGAGAACUCACACAGGUGAGAAGCCAUUUCCUUGUGAAAUCUGUGGCAAAAGUUUCAGUCGAAAGAGUAAUUUGUUGGUCCAUGUGAGACGCCACACAGGUGAAAAGCGUGAUUCUUGUAAAACGCGGGAACAGUUUCCAGCAUGCAUAUCAGUUGUUGAUACACAUGAGAACUCACACAGGUGAGAAGCCGCCUUCAAGCGAAACGUGGAAAAUGUUUCAGUCAACAGGUAGUUUGUGGCACCAUGUGAAAACCCACAAAGAGAUGAAGUCAUGAAAGACUCUGUCAGAUCUCAUUCAAGAAGUUCAGCUGGAGCCCAAAAUAAGCUGUGCUCCAGUUGAAAGGAAACGGUGAAAAGAUUAUAGAAAAAGGUGCUUUCAACUUGUGUUGAAUUACUGAGAGGCUGACAGACACUUCCCCAGUUGCAUAAUGACUCUUUCAGGAGCACAUUUCGUUUUUAUUUCUAGCAUGAUUGUCUUUUUUUGUUUGGAUUUUGUCAAAUCUUCCAUGAGCAGAUGUGGACUUUGUAUACAUGGAAGUAAAAUGUUGGUAUGAAUCCAUUUUGGUUUUGUUAUAAUGGGGUUUUUUUUCAACAUGAGCCAUUCAUAAUUUCCCAUUUUUCCCACAGUUUUUACACUACUUAGGGGGAAAAAACCCAAAAAACUGUCUACUUGCAACGCACUGCUUGCCCGCUGAA